AUGAGCAUGGCGAUUUGUUUAUGCAUAUCUUCUAAAAUAGAUGAUGAGACUUCGGGCCUGAAUAUAUCGCCUGCUUCAAGCUGUUCUGCUAAUACACCAGUAAGUAUUCAAUCUAUGAACAACGAUCAAUUAACAAUGCUCCAAGACGAGUUAUUUGAUAAUUGUAUAUUUUACUACCACAGGAUUCUGGUUAUAAGUGACGGUAUUGAAACGAUUCAAGCGUUCAUUUUAUUAAUUAUUUACAUUGAGUCUAGUUACAUCACAUCUCAUGUGAGCUAUAUACUUAUUUCUCUUGCUAUUAGGUUUGCACAAGAGAUUGGAUUACAUCGCCAAGAGACAUACACUAAUUUGUCUCCUCAAGAAUGCGAGACGAGAAAAAUGGUAUGGUGGUGUUGCUACUGCUUUGACAUGGAAAUUUGCUUCAGAAGUGGUAAACCUCCCCUUAUAAAUGGGCUGGAUAUUAACGUUAAUUCAGAAAUGGAUUUUUUUUUUGGCAACGUUGCUGGUAAAGAAAAAGUAUCCAAUGGUGAAAAAUUUGAAGCUUUGGACCCGAGAAAACACUUCAGUUCAUAUAUGCAAUAUUAUUUCUUGUUGUUGACAAGAAUUAGAUCUAAGAGCUACACCAGUCUUUUUGUUGCCUCAGCCCAAACAGAGUCUUUUGAAAAUUUACUGCUGACUUUAGAAUCACUUAAUAUGGAGAUAUUAAAGCUUGGGGAUAAAAUGAAUCCAGUAAUGAGACCAAGAUUCUAUGAUGAUCCAGAAUUUCAUAAAGCAUACCAAAAGUUUGACUCCAUCGAUAUGAAAAAUAUUCUAAUCGUGAAUUUCGUAUAUUUCUCAAACUUGAUGAUUAUAAAUCGAAUUCCAUUUUUAACUGGAAUUCCUGAUGAUGAUGAAACCCGCGAAAGAUGCCUUUCAUUUCGGAACCUAUAUCUUAAAAGUGCUAGAACAAUUCUUUUGAUGGCUAAUAAUAUUCCUCGUGAGUAUUUGGGCCUUUCAUUUUUUAACUGGGCCGUUUUUUACCCUUCUAGCGCAUUCAUGAGUUUACUGGCAUCUUGUAUCAACCACCCUACAGAGCCAGGGACCUAUGACGAUAUAAGAUUAUUAAUAGACAGUUCUAUGAAUUUUUUUUCGCAUAAAAGGAGUUGGCCCGUCGAAGGAUUUAGUAAGUUUAAGGUAUACCAAUCUAAAGAUGCGUUAGUUGAUUUAAUUGUUAGAAUAUUAUUAAGAAUUGUUAUAAGAGUUUUUGAGACGAAAACAGGAGUCCCGAUUUUAGCGAACAAUGAUGCAUUGAGACAGCAUUUAGAAAGUACUGAAAAGCAAUUUCCUGAUAUAUUUAAAGAAAGCAAAGAUUUUUGUUCACAUUUUGCAUCAGUAUUGAAUGCAUCAUUUGGAAAUCAGGGUUGCAUUAAAAUUGUUAAUUAUUCACCAUUCACUUCUUGUAAAUCCCCCAAUAAAAGUCCCGACUUAUCAUCGUCAUCACAUCAAAACAAUUCGUUUAAUCUUCAAAAUAACAAUGGUAUAAGGCGAAAUGACAGUAAUAGUUACGAUGGUAAUAUGAAUCCAAAUUUUCUUCAAGCUUUAGACAAUGCUAGUACAAAUGAUAAUCCAAUAAAUCAUGGCUUGCUUUCAGAUUACAUGAAUGACGAAGACUUUUCGUCUAUCAAAAACUCCCAGAUGAAUAACCUACCUAAUUUUUUCUUCGAUAAUAAUUUGGGACUUUAA